ACCCGAUUGUGUCACACAUUCCUGAAAUACUGACUGACAUUUCAAAUAUUGCAAUCUCUGGAUCUGUUUAUUACUUAGUCUGUAGUGUUUUGUGUCUAUAGUUUACGCGUUGUUUUUUACAUAGUUUUACAAAUUAUAAUAAUUGUUAUUAAAAUUUAUUUUAUAUUUUCGUGUAAUUCAAGUUGUGUUUCAGUUUAUAUUAAGAUUUUAUUUCCACUAAACGAUUGUUUAAUAAGUUGUUGAAAUGUUUUAGAGAAUACUUUUUAUUAGUUAAAUGUUUUAAUAGUUAUGAUAUUUGCCAAAACACUUUGAGUUUAAAUAACGAUAACUUCUUUGACUGAUUUAUCUAUUUUAAUGGUAGUGAUGGGAGAGGACGGCAAUCGCAACGCUGUAUUCGAUGAAAUCCGCAAAUUUUCGCAAAGAAAACUCAAAAAGGUUGAAACGAAAGUGACCUCAGGUUCGGGUGAAGUAAUCACUGAGAAAAGAGGGGCCAAAGGAGUGCAGACAAUCAAACACGAAGGCCUCAUAGGAUCCGGUUAUGUGAUCGACAAUAAACCUGACCUUCAGGUCGGACUCAUUAUUCCUGGACUUAUGAUUUUUCAACUAUACCUC